UUUGCGUCUCCGAGCGCCUCCUGCUGCUCCCAGGUAUUGCGAAGGGCAGCUAUGAAGAGGAGACUGACACUCUCCGAGAUGCAGUUGGUUCUUCUCGUUUUAUUGGUGUGGGAGCCAACAAGAUCAGUGCUGGCUGACUCCCAGGAAGAUGAAGCCAAGAACAAUAUUACCAUCUUUACAAGAAUUUUGGACAGACUUCUGGAUGGUUAUGAUAAUCGUCUUAGACCUGGAUUAGGAGAUAGUAUAACAGAAGUCUUCACUAACAUCUAUGUGACCAGUUUUGGACCUGUUUCAGACACAGACAUGGAGUACACUAUAGAUGUCUUUUUCCGUCAAAAAUGGAAAGAUGAAAGAUUAAAGUUUAAAGGCCCGAUGAACAUACUUCGACUGAACAACUUAAUGGCCAGCAAAAUCUGGACCCCAGAUACAUUCUUUCAUAAUGGAAAGAAGUCGGUAGCUCAUAACAUGACAAUGCCUAAUAAAUUGCUACGAAUCCAGGAUGAUGGAACUCUCUUGUACACCAUGAGGCUUACAGUCCAAGCUGAAUGUCCAAUGCACUUGGAGGACUUUCCUAUGGAUGCUCAUUCAUGCCCUUUGAAAUUUGGCAGCUAUGCAUACACAACUUCAGAAGUGACCUACAUUUGGACUUACAAUGCAUCUGAUUCAGUACAGGUGGCAGAAGAUGGCUCUAGACUGAAUCAGUAUGAUCUUUUAGGCCAAACUAUUGGAAAGGAGACAGUUAAAUCAAGCACAGGUGAAUAUACAGUAAUGACAGCUCAUUUUCACUUGAAGAGAAAAAUUGGUUAUUUUGUGAUUCAAACUUACCUCCCCUGCAUCAUGACAGUCAUUCUUUCCCAAGUGUCAUUUUGGCUAAACAGAGAGUCUGUACCUGCAAGGACAGUCUUUGGAGUAACAACUGUGCUUACAAUGACAACACUGAGCAUCAGUGCUCGAAACUCGCUCCCAAAAGUAGCUUAUGCAACAGCUAUGGAUUGGUUUAUUGCUGUUUGUUAUGCUUUUGUAUUCUCUGCAUUGAUAGAAUUUGCCACUGUAAAUUACUUCACAAAAAGAGGAUGGGCUUGGGAUGGAAAAAGUGUAGUCAAUGAUAAGAAAAAAGAAAAAGCAUCUGUCAUUAAGAAAAAUAAUGCCUAUGCAGUGGCCGUUGCUAAUUAUGCUCCAAAUAUUACCAAGGACUCGGUUCUACCAACAAUCUCCAAGAGCGCUACAACUGCAGAACCCAACAAGGCAAAACCAGAAACCAAGCCACAGGAAGCAAAGAAAACAUUCAACAGUGUUAGCAAAAUUGACAGAAUGUCCAGAAUAGUGUUUCCAGUCUUAUUUGGUACUUUUAACCUAGUGUACUGGGCUACAUAUUUAAAUAGAGAACCUGUCCUACUUGGCUUUGCCCCAUCAACCUAAAAGCCAAAUUGCACUGGGGGUGUAUAGCAUCAUUAUAAUCAGAUAGGUUGGUUUCCUAUGUACAGUACGACUAAUAACUGCUAAUCUGUGAACCAAUAUGUACAGAGUGUAUAUAGAUAGUUUAUCUGUGUAUCUCCAAAGGAGGCACACUGUUUAUUCAUGGGAUUUGUAAACAGAUAGCACCCAUGGCAAAUAUAGCCAGCUCUUUAAAAGUUAUACCCAGGGGAGUUCUCUUAAACCAGGUUUCAGAUAUACAGAAGUAUAACCCCUCCCUGCAAGGAAAUGAAAAUAUGGUCCUGCAGAAUUAUUUAGGAACAGUAUUUUUUUAAUUUAAAGUUAAAAUAUUUUUCUAUAAAAUAACUGAUAAUAAUUUAAUGGAAGAACCUAUCAUUUAAAAAAGUGAUUUUUUUAAAAAGAUAAUUAUUUCAUAUAAUAGCAGUGCCCAUGUACAUAUAUAGAGUGGUGAGCUCUUGCUGUUCUCUUGUUCACAUCCAUUCUGAAUACAAUUUUUGCUUUAAAAUUGAGUAAAGUUUACUAGAAUACUAAGGAUACUAGUUCUUUAGUUAUAGACCUUUGAAAUUAUUAAAGAAUGAUUUGAACUCAUGUUAAUGAGCAUAUGUUGUUUAGCAUCAGUCAAUGUCUACUAGAAAAUAUUUUGGUUUUCUUUUCAAUAUUUUUUCAAGUCGCUCAGCUCAUUUCCCUGUUCAUCAUGGUCAGGAAAGUCUGUUUGCUUGUUUGUUAGUUUUAAUUAUGUUUAUGUUACACUCAUAAAUAUUGGUAAUGAACACUCCAAAAUGAUUCAGGGUUAAGUAUAUCAGAAAUAAAAGAUGCUCUUUUUUCUGCUUAGUAAUAGAGUCAAAUCUGCCUUAAAUGGCUUCCUUAUAUCUGCCUACAGAAGCCAUUAUUUUCAGAGGAAACAACAGUUCAUGAUUUUAGUCCAAGAAGUUGUCCUAAGGGGCCAGAUGUAUUGCCGCUUUUGUAAAUUGCAACUUUACAUUUCACUGUCAUAACUUUACAAUUUGUAUACUAAAAAUGGUUUUGCUAAGAUUUGAAUUUUUAAUAUGCAUUUAUGCAUCAUCAGUAAUUGUCAGCAAUUUCAUAUAUGCAAAAAUAGCAAAAUCAGAGCUACCAUUUGCAAUUUUAUAGGACUAUUUAAUACCUAUCAAUAAAAUUACUUUUUGUCUGAAUCUUUGCAGAUGUUCUUUAUGCCCCUAAAGGCCUGGUAAAUCAUAAUAUAAAAUAAUUGUGUACUGUAUCUAGAUUUUAAUAUACUUGGCCAAUCAAAAAUAUUUUGAUUCACAUAUACAUUAGCAGUUAUUAGUUGACCUUUUAAAAGCGAUGCACCCUUACGAUGGUGUGUUUAUAGUAGAAACAUAUGUAGUCGUAUAGUGUCAUUUAUUGCAGUUUUGUACAGUACUUGAGUAUAGUGCAUAAAAUAGGUAUGUUCAGAGUUUAACAAAGUUGUACAAAUAUUUCUAAAAAUGAAUAAAAGACUUAUCUUAAUACAUGGAAACAAUGAAAAAAUCUGACAUUGCUUUUAUUUUCUGUUUUAUUUUCUUUGGUUUUUUAUGUGAAUCUAUUUUGUGCUUUGCAUGAUAGUAUAGAUGCCAAGGUCACAAAUGCAUUUUAUUAGUAGAAUUUAAAGUAAAGACAGACCUGAACAAUAAUUAAAAUAUAUAUAUUCCCUAACACACAAAGGGGAGCAACACUAAUGAAAUGUGUAUUCCCUUAAUUCCUCCAAUCAAAUUAUCCUUAUUCAUCAACAUUAUAUGAAAAAUGAGCACUUUACUUGAAACAUUAAAAUAGAAAUAUUCUUAUUUUCAUAUAUAUUUAUAUAUAAAUGUAGAUCUUCCAUGUAAUGAAGAGAUGUGUGCAAUAGUCUGAUAAAGUGUAUGAGGUUUGAAGGCAAGCAAUAAAAAGUUUUUUUUUCAUGAUAUAUACAUUUUUAAAAUGUUUUAUUUGUAAAGUAUAAAUGAUCCCUUUAAUGUCAUACUGUCCAGGUAUAAAUAAAUAUAUAAAUAUGUAUAUAUGUAAAACAUUUGUAAAUAUUGGUUCUGUAGAAAAAUCCCUUCACUUUUAUCUCUGUUUUUGGCAAAGGGCUCUGACUGUAUAGUUAUAGGAGGCCCAUGCUUAUCUAUUCUUGGACUCUGACAAGGUUGAUUACUGUUUUCCUGUAUCUUAUGGCUCUGUCAUGUAUCCUGAUGAGAGCUCUUCAUUGCCCUUAACUUCAACAAGAGUUAAGGGCUCAGAACUUUCCAGGACUGGGCUGCUAAAGAGUAAGGUCUGUAUGCUACCCAUGACUACAAUCCCAGAUAGCUUAGCUUUUCACGCUUAAGCAAAGUUCAGGUGUGUUGUUAACUGUUUGAAUACAGUAAAGUCAGAAAGCAGCCCUCCCUUCAGCAAUGUAACUGGAGGUGAAUUUGUUGAUGUCAAGGUGGAGAACUGCAUCCUUUUAACAGAAUAGAGACCAUGCUAAAAGUGUCUGACUUGCGUACUCAAACAAGUCACUUCUAUUCUCUGAAAAAUAACAUGCAUACGUGAUAGCUGUACAUUAAAUACACAAACCAUUUACUUAAACUUGUGCAAAGGCUCUGAUUCUUUUUCCACAUAAGUCCAUGGGAGCUUGGAGAGCAAGCUCAGGCUCAAACAGAAAUUAAUGUUACAGGAACAACUACCUAAUUCACAGAAAAAAAACCUCCUUCUAGACCCCGGGUAAAUCCUAUACACAGCAGACAUAAAUCACUCACAAAAAAUACAGAAAAAUAAAUUACUCAUAAUCACUUACAUAAAUAUGCCUUCAGAUAUCUGUGCGUACCACCUACUCAUGUCAGCCAGUGGGAUCUUUCAAGGACAUAUCUGAUGGGCUCAAAAUUUCAACUUGUCUGUCUAUAAUCCAUUUAGG